ACUUCAUUGCACUACUCCUCACGAGUCCAUCGACACCCUCUCCAACUCUCCCUCUCCCUCUCCCUCUCUUUCUCAAUGACAAUCCAGAACACACUCUAGAAGAGUUUAGAAGAUCACGGACAAGAAAUCGCCGGCCGGAAAGAUCAUAACACAGCGCCGAAAAGAGAGAGCGAGAGAGAGAGAAUGACGGUGAACAUAACCUCCAUCCAGACCUCCUCGAACGGGGCGUGGCAAGGCGACAACCCCCUCGACUUCGCCUUCCCUCUCCUCAUCAUCCAAACGACGCUCAUCCUCGCCGUCUCUCGCUUCCUCGCCUUCUUGCUCAAGCCCCUUCGCCAGCCCAAGGUCAUCGCCGAGAUAGUCGGCGGGAUUCUGUUGGGCCCUUCGGCGUUGGGCCGGAACGCGGCCUACCUGCACCGGAUUUUCCCAUCCUGGAGCACGCCUAUCCUGGAGUCCGUCGCCAGCAUCGGCCUCCUCUUCUUCCUCUUCCUCGUCGGCCUGGAGCUUGACCUUGGCUCUGUCCGGCGGAGCGGGCGCCGCGCCCUUGGCAUCGCCCUCGCCGGCAUAUCGCUCCCCUUCUUGUGUGGUAUCGGGGUCGCCUUCGUCCUUCGCAAAACCGUGGAUGGUGCCGACAAGGUCGGCUACGGCCAGUUCCUGGUCUUCAUGGGGGUGGCGCUCUCUAUCACCGCCUUCCCUGUCCUGGCCCGUAUCCUGGCAGAGCUCAAGCUGCUGACCACCCAGGUCGGCCAGACGGCAAUGGCGGCCGCCGCCUUCAACGACGUGGCUGCGUGGAUCCUGCUCGCCCUGGCCGUCGCACUGGCUGGGAACGGGGCUGAGGGUGGGCCCCACAAGAGCCCGCUCAUUUCGCUGUGGGUGCUCCUCUCGGGGUUCGCCUUCGUGGUCUUCAUGAUGGUCGCCGUCCGGCCGGCCAUGAGGUGGGUGGCACGGCGGUGCUCGUCGGAGCACGAUGUGGUGGACGAGGCCUACAUCGUGCUGACGCUGGCAGGGGUGCUGGUGUCAGGGUUCAUGACGGACCUGAUCGGGAUACACUCCAUCUUCGGGGCGUUCGUGUUCGGGCUGACCAUCCCGAAGGGCGGGGAGUUCGCCGAGAGGCUGAUCGAGCGGAUCGAGGACUUCGUGACGGGGCUGCUCCUCCCGCUCUACUUCGCGUCGAGCGGGCUCAAGACGGACGUGACCAAGAUACAAGGGGCGAAGGCAUGGGGGCUGCUGACGCUGGUGAUCACGACUGCGUGCGCGGGGAAGAUCUUUGGUACGUUCGUGGCGGCGUUGAUGUUCGCGAUACCGGCCCGGGAGGCCAUCACGCUGGGCGUGCUGAUGAACACCAAGGGGCUCGUGGAGCUCAUCGUGCUCAACAUCGGCAAAGAGAAGCAGGUUCUUAAUGAUGAGAUGUUUGCAAUUCUAGUGCUGAUGGCGCUCUUCACCACUUUCAUCACCACACCCACUGUCAUGGCCAUCUACAAGCCAGCCCGCGCCAACGGUGCUCCGACGCACCGCAAGCUGCGCGAUUUGUCGAACAACGACGACUCGUCCAAGAACGAGCUCCGGAUCCUCGCGUGCCUGCACGGCCCUGGGAACGUGCCCUCCCUCAUCAGCCUCAUCGAGUCCAUCCGAAGCACCAAGAACUCCAUGCUCAAGCUCUUCGUCAUGCACCUGGUCGAGCUCACCGAGCGGUCGUCUUCCAUCGUCAUGGUCCAGCGGGCCCGGAAGAACGGCUUCCCUUUCUUCAACCUGCCGCGCCGCGGGGAGGGGCACGACCGGGUCGCGGGGGCGUUCCAGGCGUACAGCCAACUGGGCCGGGUCACGGUCCGGCCCACCACGGCGAUCUCGGCCCUGUCCUCGAUGCACGAGGACAUCUGCCACGUGGCCGAAGAGAAGAGGGUGGCGAUGAUCGCCCUGCCGUUCCACAGGUCCUGGAGGGGCGAGGGGGACGAGGCCGUGGAGGACAACGUGGGCCACGGGUGGAGAGGGGUCAACCAGAGGGUGCUGAAGCACGCCCCGUGCUCGGUGGCCGUGCUCGUGGACCGUGGGUUCUGGGGUGGGUCCGAGACCCCGGGGCCCGACAUGUCGACCGUCCAACGGGUCUGCGUCCUGUUUUUCAGCGGGCCGGACGAUCGAGAGGCGCUGGAGUUGGGCGGGCGCAUGGCGGAGCACCCCGUGGUCAAGGUGACCGUGAUGAGGUUCGUGGAGAGACCGGACGCCGGCGGGAACGAAAUUACGCUGCGGCCGUCCUUAAGCAAAUCCAGAGAGAAGAGCUAUAGCUUCUCGAUUGCGCAGAUGAAUCGAGAAAAGGAAAAGGAACUGGACGACCGUGUGGUCGAGGAAUUCCAAGCGCGGUGGGAUGGCACGGCGGGCUACACCGAGACGGUCGUGGGCAACGUGGUGGAGCAAGUCCUAGCGAUCGGCCGGAGCAAGGAUUUCGACCUGAUGGUCGUGGGCAAGGGGCGGUUCCCCUCGCCCAUGUUGGCGGACCUGGCGGACCGGCCGGCCGAGCACCCCGAGCUGGGGCCCGUCGGGGACGUGCUGGCGUCGUCGAGCCACGGGGUCGCGUGCUCGGUUCUCGUGAUCCAGCAGCACGAUUUGGGCCACGGGGAGGAGACGCCCGUGUCCAAGGUGGAGAGCAGCAGCGGGCCCAACAAGUCGAAAGAGAUCGAUGACAUCGUAUGAAACGAGGGACGAAAGUCGUCGUGGGGGUGCCGCCCGUGUAUCUCGUCGAAUAAGACAUUUGUUCAGAGGAGAGAUCGUUUGGCUUUUUUGUACAGCAAUUUGGGUGUGUUGGAAUGGUUGAAAGUGGGAGUAGUGGGAGUGAAAUGAUAACACCUCUGCCUCAUAUAUGUGGUCUAAGGCUACGAAGUCACUUUACUAAUUUUGAGGUACUAAGAAUUUAUGUUCCUCAUAAAAUUUUCGGUUCUAAACUUGUCAAUCAUUUUUGAGAAGCAAUUAUACAAGGACUUAUAAUUUAUCUA